AGGCACAGGCCAGAGUGGACGGGAACAGUCUCUAAACUGAGGUGGACAACUCUAAGAGCACACAACCAUCUUCUUUGCUGUGACUGAGGUGGGAUUCUUUUUUAAAAAGAUGUUCCCCCCCUCCUUUUGGAAAAGAAAUAUUCGAAUACAAGCAAGAAAAGGGAAGCAAAAUAUUAUGUACCAAAAUUACAGGGUGGUGGGUAGAGAAGAGAAGGCUGAAUAUUUUAAACCAGUAAUGCAGCCAAAGGGCUUGUAAAGGCAAGCAAAUUGCCCAUGUGAAUCUCUUCUGAAUAACUGGAUUUGGAAUAAAUGUGCAAUUAGUUGUUAUUGCUUUGGCUCCGACUUGCACAGGCCUGUGGCUGGCUGGCCCCUGCGAGAACAGGAUUCUGGGCUAGGUGGGACAUUGGCCUGACCCAAAAGGCUCUUCUGAUGUUCCUCUGUUCUGCACAGAGCAAAACCAAAGUGGAAUCCCAGCACUCUGUGGUCCUCUGGCCCAUUGGUGGUGUGUGACUCUGGACCACAGCCUAACCUAAAGAUGAUGUGCAAUGAUAGCACUACCCACUGGCAAAACCUAUUGGUGUUUCGCAACUUUCUGACUAGUUGCAGGACCUUAGCCAGACCUAGCAGAGUAAACGCAGAAUCCACGGAAGCAAUUGGCGACUUGGCUGCAGACAGGAUAGACGAAGCAGGAACCAGGAACUUGUAGUUACGUGUUUAUUAUAUACAGUGGACUAUUCACAGGAACAGAACACGGAUCUUUAGCUAGCUCUCUCAUACACGACUCACAACUCCUACCCUGACACACAGAACUCUGAACUACUGAACCAACACAUUCCAGUUAGUGGACCAUUAAUUAUCACUCCCUUGAGAGAACCUGACCAAUCAGGAGGCUGUCUCCAUGUCUCUGUUAUCACCAGGCAGACUUACUCCUUCAGACUGCCUUCUGGCUGUCUGCCAAACCUUAAUUGACUCUGUGUGAGUAGCUGCACGUAUUCAGAUUCCCAACAUACCACCGUUCAUUUAUAUGGUACAAAUCAAGAAAUCCCAAAGACAUGUUUCUACUGAAGAUGGGUCCUACCAUCUGUUUCAGCAACCAUUGUGAGUCAAGGUUGUUUCAUGAGAGUGUGGCCUGGAUUAGAAACUAGGUUGGAAGCAAAAUCCAGCUCACCUCCUUUUCCCCAUCUCCCUACCCCAGGAUUUACCUUACAGGAUGUGAUUAAUAACUACAACACUCUUUGUUUAUUUUCUCCCAGAAAGCUUUUUCAGUUCUGGAUCAGCAUAAUUCAUGACAAGUUGAUUUGGGUCCAUUCGUCCUGCUCUGCAGCAACUGUAGUUGCCUCAGAAUGAUAUGCAUUUGACUUAAAUUGAUCAGAUCCAGUUCAGGAUUUGCAUGCAUUAGCUUCACAGCCCUGAUAAUCUCCUUUCUCCUCCUGAUCUCCUUUCAGGGCAAGAAGAAGAAUAGUACAAAGAUUUCAACAUGUCUGCAGAUGUGUGGGUGGGGUCCUGGCGCCCUCACCGGCCCAGAGGGCCAAUCGCUGCCCUCUACAGCAGCCCCGGACCCAAAUAUGCUCUCCCAACAAAUGUAGGUAAGUGAAAAUCAAGGAGUCCAGAUACUGGCCCUAGCCUGUUUCUGUAAGAGGUGAUAUAGUCCAGCAUCAAAAUCCUAGAAUGGGAGAAGUCUGGGUUGCUGCUUUUGCAGAUAUUAAUAUUGUGCAGCUUGAAGCAACUGGAUGCAUAAAAAACAACUCCUUUGGGGGUAAAACAUUGAUUCAAAGCUUUACUUGCAGAACUUUCUUCCAAACAGAUCAAAAAGCAGUAAAUGAUACAUCCAAACAGUUCCUUAAUAUCAAGAGCAUGUCCAGCACAAGCUCAGCAUUUUAUAAGAAAUAACUUUACUUCUUCCAGAAAUCAAAACUGUGCCUCUCUCCCAUUCUAGGCUGCAUUCACCUGCUUAAGGCUAUGCAUCUCCUGGAGAGCUUCAUUAUCACAUCUUACUCCCACUUUUGCUGGGAACAAAAGACCAAAGACCAACUCCCCAAGAUGCUGAUUUGCAAUUGAAUACUUUAAUCACCUGAUCUAAGGUUAAACACUCACGUGUUAGUUGGCAGAGAACAAAUACAGUUAGUUAUCAGCCCAUCUAGGUGCAAAGAGAGCUCUUCUUGCUCUUCUUUUGUUCCAAUGGAAUCUUCCAGUUAAACCCUUUCAGCAAAACACACAGGUACUCUCCAUUUCAGUGUGAAUUCAACAAAUAUACUUAACAGUUGCUUCUUUCCCCAGCAUCGAAUCAACUUGUAGAACUCCUCACUACUGGAUGUUGUGAUGAGCAGGGGUGUAGAAGGCUGAACAAAGAUGUAGAGAGUGGAAAGGUCUACUACUUGCAAAAAUAAAAGAUUGUCCCUGCUCUGAGGCAGUAUAGCUCCUCCAUCUCAUGGAGGAAAAAAAGGGGUGGGUUGGAAGUUACCACUUUGCCCUUGGUUGCUGUUAAUGGACAAGAUGGAUUCCAUCCAUCUCAAGUUCUCCUCUUCCCUCUCUGUGCUCGCUCUUCCUUUCAGGCUACCCGCUACACGACCCUUCUCGCUACCGGGCUCCCGCAUACAGCUUUGGGAUCCGCCGGCCCCAAGAGCUAGUGGGUUGCUCCCCUGGGCCAGGCUACCUCAUCCCAACCAACAUGACUAUGAGGGGCAAGGACGGAAUCCCUGCAUUCUCCAUCUACGGACGCCCCAGGGAUGUGAUGUCUUUUAUGACUCCAGGCCCAGGUCAGUCUUGAAAUCUGUUAUACAACAAACCAACAGCACCAAAACUGGCUUAUGAAUAUAAAGGACCAUUUUACUAGAAUAAGCUCCCUCAGCCAGUAAAUGCUGGCUCCCUUGGCCAGUAAAGUGAGAUGAGCGCUGCAACCCCAGAGUCGUUCGCAACUGGACUUAACUGUCAGGCAUCCUUUACCUUUUUAAAUGUGUUGUGGGGGGAAGUUGUUGCUUUGUUCAUUGUUAUGUUAUGCGUGUUUCUGUUUUUGAACUGUAAACUGCUCUUGCAAUCCUAGGAUGAAGAGCGGUGUUUAAAUUUAAUAAAAAAUAGUAACAGAAAUGCAGGGCAGUGUUGUGAAUUCAGCCUUCAGCUGUGUGCUUUGCUUUUUGCAGGUCGGUAUUCUCCAGAGAAAGCAAAGAAUUUGGCCUACCCUUCUGCCCCCAACUACUCUCUCGCUUCCCGGACGAAGAACUUCGAUUACGACCAGUCACCAGGUGAGAGAGCAGCAACCGCAGAGAAGCUCCCUCCAUCUGGCUGCUGACCUCCUGUUAUACUAAUAUAGGGUGCAUGUGCAUCAAUGCAGAUCUAUAAAUGCAUAUUCCCUAAGCUUAAAAGAACAAGAUCUAUUGCAAAACAGCCCCAUCCAACAAGAUCUCUUUGCAAAGGCAAUCUGCAAAAGAGCUCAGCUGAGCUGAAACUUACAAUGUCUCCACUUAUCUGUCAGUUGCUUGCAGGUACUGUCAAUCAAUCCCUUUUUCUCAAUGAAAGGGCCAAUUUAUCAAUGAAACAAUACUUUACUCGAUUAAAGCAAGCAAAUAUACAGAUGUAUAGCCAGUCGACCUCAGGAAAUUCUUCCUGAGUCUCCCCUCUUUGAAACUGGUUUAACAAGCAUCAAUAACUAUCCAAGCAUACCAGUCUAAAAGGGCAGAUCGCUGUGUACGAAUGAAACCUGCCUUUGUCAACGGAUUCUGGAGCCAGGUUGUUCAACAUUUCUAAAGGAUGUCUGGGGCAGCCCAGGAAAAGCAGGUCAAGCACCUCGAAGGACAGACUUGCAAAUAUUAGAGAAAAACAUAUAUUCUGUACCAUGUCCUGAUAUACGUGUACAACCCAUUAUUGUGACUAUUGUGUUUUCUGGGUGGUUUUUAGACAUUGUCCAAGAAUUUAAAAAUUGUGGCAUACUUUUGUUUGGACGUCUUACCCUUCCUCUUGUUUGUGGGUGCCAGGGCCUCUGUUGCAACAGAUCAAUAAAGCUCAAAGGCUUAGUUGCCACCUUGCUUUUUAUAUACUUGGUUGCCAUCUCAGAUUUCUUCUGACCAACAAGAGGACCUUGAGGGGAAUCACAGAUCCCUUGAGCUAAGGGGAAGAAUUCAGAAGUCUCCAAGGUUUUUCUUUCCUAAUAAAACUUCCCCUUGGGUGGUUUUUGAUUCAAAUCAAUUACCUCAUUUGGAUUUCAGUCACAUGUGGAUCCUGUCUGGGUGCAGGAUCUCUUUACUUAGCCAACUAAGAAUAUCACAAAAUACGUAUCUGAAGAAGUGUGCAUGCACACGAAAGCUUAUACCAAGAACAAACUUAGUUGGUCUCUAAGGUGCUACUGGACAAUAUAUAUAUAUAUGCGCAUAUAUAUAUAUAUAUAGUGGUACCUCCAUUCCGGAGCCCUGUUCACAACCUGAAAGGAAUGCAACCCGCACCUGCGCACGUGCAGGUUGCGAUUCUCCGCUUCUGCGCAUGUGCAUGACAUCAUUUUGCGUGUCUGCACAUGCGCGAGUGGCGAAACCCGGAAGUAACCCUUUCCGGUACUUCCGGGUCGCCGCAGGACGCAACCUGAAAAAACGUAUCUUGAAGCAAACGUAACAAGAGGUAUGACUGUAUAUAUAUUUCGACAAAAUACUGUGCAAGCAUUCAAGUUCUCUGGAACUCUUCCAGAGACGAGAUAAACAGAGCAAUUUGCAGGGGGUAGUGGAAUAGGAAAGUUCCCCAGAUGCCGUAACGCACUGAAUCCCUUCUCUCCCAUUUUCCUCCUCUAGGGCCUGCAGCCUACGGCCUCCCUCCCAUGCUUGGGCCCAAGGUGAUUGGCAAGAGCACCGCCCCCAAUUACUCCAUUUUUGGACGCAGCAUGAUUGGGAGUUUCUAUGAGGACCUCAGCAAGGUGAGCAGCCGAACAGCCAGGAGUGAGAGAUUUAGGAGACCCUGAAACGAUUUGAUGAAAGCAAAAUCAAGAAAACGGGGGGAAUUCUUUAAAUAUGUGCUGAGGAGUCAUCUUCUGCUUCUUCGGUGACCGAGGGGCUCAAGUGUGAAGUUUUCUUGGGGCUGGUGUGUGAGGAAUAUGCAGGACAAAGUGGGGGGCUAUGCUUUGCAUUCAAUGUUCUUUCUUUUUUUUGCAUGUAAAAUUUUUAACUGAAUCUUUCAUAAUGCAAUAAGAUAUAGAAAACUAAUCUAAAAAAACAGCUACACAAAAAACACAAGCAGAACAAGUAGAAUAUGGAUAUAGAAUAGAUAUUCUAUAAGUAGAAUAUUCUAUAGAAUAUUUUAUAAGUAGAAUAGAAUAUUCCGAACGGGAUCUGUUCUGGAGGCCGUUCGCAUCCUAAAAAGGAACGUAAGAUUCGACUGGGUGUCUGCGUGUGUGCGGGUCGCGUUUCGCCGCUUCCGCGCAUGCGUGUGACGUCAUUUUGAGCAUCUGCGCAUGCGCAAGCAGUGAAACCCGGAGGUAAUGCAGUCCGUUACUUCCGGGUCGCUGCAGAGCGCAACCUGAAAAUGCUCAACCUGAAGCGUAUUCAUCCCAAGGUAUGACUGUAGAAUAGAGAAUAGAAUAGAAUAGAAUAGAAUAGAAUAGAAUAGAAUAGAAUCUUCUUCUCCUUCUUUGGCGAUCACUCGUAGCCAAGUAAGAUUGUCUUCCAUAAACACGGUUUUAACAAUGAGUCCAUAAGUGACUGUGGAGGCCAAUUCUGGAUCCACACGUCCUUCCACAGUGGGGACACAGGUUUCUGGGUGGGAGUUGAUCACGGUGUCGAUUUGCCAAGCAUGCCUUAUACAAUCCAGUGUGGAGACUCCAAGACUGUUGGAUAGUGCCUUGUGGUCAGUGUGGUGUAGUGGACUCAUAAUCUGAUGAACCAGGUUCACUUCCCCGCUCCUCCACAUGCAGCUGCUGGGUGACCUUGGGCCAGUCACACUUCUCUGAAGUCUCUCAGCCCCACUCACCUCACAGAGUGUUUGUUGUGGGUGAGGAAGGGAUAGGAAGGGAAAGGAGAUUCAUAGCCGCUUUGAGACUCCUUAGGGUAGUGAUAAAGCGGGAUAUCAAAUCCAAACUCCUCCUCCUCCUCCUCCUCCUCCUCUUCUUCUUCUUCUUCUUCUUCUUCUUCUUCUUCUUCUUCUUCUUCUACACCUCCUUCUGGCAACUCCUGCAGCCAAGCUGGGGCCAAGCGUCUUCGGACCACAUUAGCGAGGCUGAGAGGUCUUGUCGCCUGGGCAGCCCAGGACCUCCAGACAGCCGGCUCAGGCUUGUGCCCCAGAGCGGUCCCUUUGGGGCUGCUACUGGAGCAGCUUGGCUUCACCCUCAAAAGUGCACUCCAUUGUCUCUCGAGACAGACGGAUGCCAACCAUAAUGAGAAGGGAAAUGGGGUUCUUCUCAAUGACUUUCACAUGCCCAUAAUCAGAGGACAUUGAAGCACCCUAGAAGGGGCUGGAGAGGUCCAGGGUGGGUGGCUGAGACUGAUCUUGGGCAUGCCUGGCCUAAAAGGUAAAGGGACCCCUGACCAUUAGCUCCAGUCGCAGGCGACUCUGGGGUUGCGGUGCUCAUCUCGCUUUACUGGCCGAGGGCGCCGGCGUACAGCUUCCAGGUCAUGUGGCCAGCAGGACUAAGCCGCUUCUGGCGAAUCAGAGCAGCGCAUGGAAAUGCCGUUUACCUUCCCGCCAGGGUGGUACCUAUUUAUCUACUUGAACUUUGAUGUGCUUUCGAACUGCUAGGUUGGCAGGAGCAGGGACCGAACAAUGGGAACUCACCCCGUCGCAGGGAUUCGAACCGCUGACCUUCUGAUCAGCAAGUCCUAGGUCCUGUGGUUUAACCCACAGCGCCACCCAUGUGACCCUUUUUCUCCCCUUGCUCAACAGACGCCAGGGCCCUGCAACUACCGCCUGGUGGAUCCCAGUGUCUACAAGAACCGCCCGCCCCACUUCAGCAUGCUGGCCCGCAACAUGCCCCCAGGAGACAACACUCUGAAGCCGGGUCCAGGAGCCUACAGCCCCGAGAAGGUGAGGGCAGGUGGCAGCAGAAGGCUUGGUAUUGUUCUGGGGCGAGGGGUGCAGUUCUCCUGCAGCAAAGAUAUGGGUCUGGUGGGAGAGGCGGAUAGCUCUUGCCCCAACAUUCAAAUGUGAAUGGGCAAGGUGAUCUUCAUUAGCAUCACCUCCAGACUUGAUUAUUGUAACUCACUCUACGUGGGGCUGCCCUUGAGACUGACCCAAAAACUCCAGCAGGUGCAGAAGGCUGCGGCGAGACUCCUUACGGGGUCCUCGCUGUGGGAUCACAUUCACCUGCUGCUAUACCAGCUGCACUGGCUCCCGGUGGAGUACAGGGUCAGGUUUAAGGUGCUGGUUUUGACCUUUAAAGCCCUAUACAGCCUAGGACCCUCGUACCUACGGGACCGCCUCUCUUGGUAUGUCCCACGGAGGACCUUACAGUCUUCAAGCAAAAACAUCUUGGAGGUCCUGGGCAACAGGGAGGUUAGGCUGGCCUCAACCAGAGGUCAGCCGUGGCCCUGAUCUGGUGGAACGCUCUGUCACAAGAGACUAGGGCCCUGUGGGACUUGACAUCUUUCCGCAGGGCCUGCAAGACUGAGCUGUUCCGCCAGGCCUUUGGCCAAGGCACAGUCUGACCCCCUCCUUUGGUAAUCCUCAUAGAACUCUAGCCCAAUGGUUGCCAUUAAUUUGAUUUUGAAUUGAUUUUCGAAUGAAUUGAUUUUAGAAUGUAUUUCAAUUAAUUGAUUGAGAUUUUAUGUAAACAUGUGUUACUUUUACUGUUAUUAGCCGCUCUGAGCCCAGCUUCGGAUGGGGAGGGCGGGAUAUAAAUAAAAAUUAUUAUUAUUAUUAUUAUUAUUAUUAUUAUUAUCCCUCCAUUGUGGAACCAGCAGAAGCCACAAUCUCUGCAAGCAGGAGCAUGCAUGUUGACCACCUAACCAAAAAUUAAAUAUACUCUCGGUCUCCCUCCUCUGCCCACCUUGCAGCUUGUCAACAUCCUUCUUAAACUGUGGUUCCCUGAACUGGACACCGUAUUCCAGGUGUGGUCUGACCAAGGCCUAAUAGAGCGGGACUAUGACUUCCCUUGACCUGGACAUUCAACUUCUGUUGAUGCAGCCUAAAAUUGCUUGGACCUUUUUUGCUGCUGCAUCACACUCCAGGCUAAACAUACCCAGCUCCUUCAACCACUCCUCAUCAGGCUUGGUUUCCAGACCCAGGAUUAUCUUGGUCUUCCUCCUCUGCACACCUUCCAGCUUGUCAACAUCCUUCUUAAAUUGUGCCCAGAAUUGGACACCAUAUUCUGGGUGUGGUCUGACAGAACAGAGUGUGAUGUGAGAUCUUGGCCUGCCAAGAGCCUUCCAUGCCCCCAUCCCUUCCCUUCCGCUGGCGGUGCCUAACCCUGCCCCUCCCUCUCUCCUUCCUCCUGCAGCACACCCCGCAACGUGGCUUGACCUUCGGGAUCCGCCACUCGGACUAUGUGGCUCCUCUCAUUGUGGACGUGGCAGAUUAAGCUGGCCCCACCGGCGGAGAUGGUCUGGACAAGAAAUGUUCCUUUGGAAAGACGUGAAUCUCUCAAU